AAUAUUUUCAGAAAAUUUUGAUUUUAAAUCCGAGUAAAUAGGAAAAUGGAAGCAAAUCUUCAAUUGAACCAAGAUCAGCGAUAAAACUUAACUUUACUUGUUGACUAUAAGACGAUGCAAGCUAACUAAGAUGUGUUAACAAGACGAAAGUAACUUAAGGAACUUUUAUCGAAAAGAGGUUCUAAAACUGUUGGAGUUAGCAGCACUCAAGAAUGGGGAGACUGACAACAAGGUCGAUAUGACUGAAAUCCUGAAGGCUCUCCAGGGGAAAAGAGCAGUGGAGAAGGGGGUAGGAGAGGGACGAGGGGAAGGGGUCAAGAGUUUCCUUCAUGGAAGUUACACCCCUGAAAAGGUUCCAGGAUCUUCUGUAGGAAUUGCAAAACUCAUAAAUUCUAAUUCUAUGAAUAACAAUAACAACAACAACAACAACAUCAACAACAACACCAGCUCUGAUGUAAAGUUAAAGAGUGGUAUCAAUUCAGCUCUCCAUCACUCUAGCUCUGUUCAAAAAUUAAGCUCAAAACAGAAGUCAAGCUUUGCGGAGUCUAAUUCAACUCAAGAAUCAAGUUUGAUUCGUGAGUCAAGUUCGACCAAUGAGUUAAGUUCCAUUCAAGAGUCAAGCUCUGUUCAAGCAUCAAGUUCAGUUCUCAAGUCCAGCUUGAUUCAAGAGUCAAGCUCCUUUCAAGAAUCAAGCUCCUUUCAAGAAUCAAGCUCCUUUAAAGAGUCAAGCUCUGUUCAGGAAUCAAGCACCUUCAAAGAGUCAACCACUAUAAUGAAGUCAAGCUCUGUUAAAGAGUCAAGCAGUGUACUUAAUUCAAACAGUAUACUUAAUGCAAGCACUUUUCAAGAUUCAAGCAGCAUUCUUAAUCCAAACACCUUUCAGGAGUCAAGCUGUAUACUUUAUCCGGGCACCUUUCAAGAAUCUAGUUAUUCUAAGAACUCAAAAAAGUCAAGCGUGACUAGAGAACCGAGCUAUGUUGAUGAAUCUUCUGUAACAGUCAAGCAGAAGUCAAACGGCUCCAUAUUUUCUAAAACCAGCAAUGUCCGAUCUGCACUCCACAAUUCGAUGAAAAGUUUUCUCCAUUCUCAAACCGGAGCAGGACCAUUUGAACCUGAACCUGAACCAGAGAUUGAGAAUCCUGAUCUAAAAUCCUAUCUGGAGAGAAGUGACAGAAAAUCAAGUUUCUUGUCUCACGAAACCGACGAGGAUGAGACAGAUCUGGCAGCUGAAAGAUUGAGAAAGGAAAGUUUUGGAUUGGUUCUGAACUCAUGUCUCGCUAGCGGAGUUGAAUCAGGAAAUGUCAGUCUUUACGGGGACAGGGCUCAGUUAAAUCAUGAAAAAUCCACCAAAUAUGCCGGAAAUCAAGAAAUCCAACCAAACCCAACCGGUGAAAAUCCGCAAGUUUUCCUGCACGAAAAGAGAAACGUUGUCAGUGAGCUGAAAGAAAAAAUAGGGAAGAACAAAAUUGAUAUCAACGCUAGCAUUGAGCAAGAAGACAUAAAUGAAACCCUAGAAUCCACCGAAACUCUUGUUAAUAACAAUAAGAGCAAAGUAAAUGUGGAAGCUACAGUGCAAGCUCCUCCUAAACCUGCAAGAAGGGAGUCCACCCCUACAGUAUCAGGGAAAAGCCUUGUAAGCAGUAGAAUACGAUUACUGGAGGGAAAUGUCAACUUGUCCAACACCAGCAGUAGUUCUACAAUGUCCUUUUCUGAACUGAAAUCCCGGGGAUACAAUAAGUAUUUAACCACCAGCAAACAGACAGAAAAUACAGAUUUACAAACUAGAGAAGCUAAGGAAGUAAAGGGCAACACUUUGCCCAUAAAACCUAGCUGCCCCGGGCUAGAAGGAGUUUUAAAAAAGAGUGGAGAACAUAAGAAUGGAGGUUUACCAGUCAGUUUUCUGGAUGAAAUAAAAUCUGGAGCCAAACUUAAGAAUGGAGGGGUCAGGUUUGAUGUUGAUGAUAAUUCUGAUAAUACUGUUGAAAUGGAGGUGAAAGAAGAGGAGCAUAUUGAUGAUAAUGCGUCCUUUAACAUACCUCCACCUCCACCUAUUAUGCCUUUGAAAAAAAUGGAGACCGAGAAGCAAGCCGAGAUAAAGAAUGGGAGUGGAGUAAUGGGAAGCAAAGGAUCAAUAAAUGGGAGUAGUAAUUCUUUAAGGGAAAUGGUAGGGGGCAGGGGAGACAUUGUUGGAGCUAAUAGCAACCAGGAAGUUUUAAAUGGAGGUGGAAAAAAUGGAGAUGGGAAGAGUGCAUCACUAAAUGGAGCCUUGAAUGGAGGUGUAAGACCUAGAGCCCUAAAUGGAGGUGGAAAAGCUGGAAUAUCUGAUACGAACCCAGCAGUUAGGAAACUAGUCUACUCUCAGUAUAGGGAAAUGUUGAAAAGUUACAGUGGAUCCAGUAAGAGCUAAAAGAAAAGUUUCGUCGAAAACAAAACACUUGAAUCUAUCUGAGAAAAUCCUCCAGAAUUAGUUAACUAAAGAACCCGUGAAAUAGAAAUGCUUUCCUGAGAGUGCAGGAUAAACUUGUAGCUAAAACUUUUUAAUAUAUUAUUUUUUUUUGUAAAUUCAUUACUCAUGGUAUAGAUUUAAUUCUACUUCUUUAUAAUACAAAUAUUAAUUUAAAUUUUAUAUAAUUGUUGGAUACAAAUGAAACCGCAAAAAAUGAAACACUUUUAUUGUUCCAUUACUUAUUUUUUCCAAAACCUUCAAUUUCCACAUAAUUUAGAAUUUUUAUCAAAUGUUCAAAAUUAUUUUCUUUUUAAGAGAAAUGUUCAAAUUUAAGAAAA